ACGAAAUGAUCCAGUCGACGAUGGACCUGAUCAACGGGGGCCUCGUGACGUCACUGUCGGGUCUGGAGUUCAUCUUCCUCUACCUGCUGCACAACCCAGACGUACAGCGCCGCGUGCAGGCAGAAAUCGAUGACGUCAUUGGAUCGGACCGCCAGCCGUCGUGGGACGACCGCUCAGCGCUACCGUACACGACCGCCACGAUAGUGGAGAGUCUGCGACUGGGCUGUGUGUCGCCGAGCACACUGCCGCAUGUAGCCACAGAGGACUCGACAAUCGAGGACUACCACGUGCCUAAAGGCACGCACGUGCUGGCCAGCCUGUUUUGUCUUCACAGACAGCCCGACGUGUUCGAGGACCCCGAAUCGUUCAGGCCAGAGCGACACGUCGACAUUGACGGCUCCUUGAAGAACUUUGAAAACAUGAUGCCAUUUGGUGUUGCUCCUCGCUUCUGUCUGGGUGAUGACUGGUUCCACGUGUUCGCUUUCCUCAUCGUCACGUCCGUCCUACAGCGCUACAGCCUCGGGCUUCCCGCGGGGAAAGAGUUGCCUCCCUUUACCACGAGAAUGCGCGUCGUCAGAAGACUGGUCCCGUUUACAGUUGUGUUGACGUCACGGUCAGCCACGUGAUACGUCUCAC